UGCUGAGCUCCCGGCCCAGAGGGACCUGCAACCACCGCCGGCUUCCUCGAGACCCCGAAGUAGCAAGCGGCGUCGAGCCGGGCCGGGCUAAACCGAGCCCAGCCCCGGGAAAGCAUGGAGCGGAAGAAAGUGUUCGUGUUGCUCGAUGUGCUGUGUGUAGUGGUCGCCUCCUUACCCUUCGUCAUCCUGACCCUGGUGAACUCCCCCUACAAACGUGGCUUCUACUGCAGCGAUGACUCCAUCAACUAUCCCUAUAAGCCGGAUACCAUCACCCACGGGCUCAUGGCUGGGGUCACCAUCACUGUCACUGUCCUCAUUAUCACGGCCGGAGAGGCCUUCUUGGUCUACAGAGAGCGACUCUAUUCCCGCUCCGAGUUCAACAACUACCUGGCCGCGCUCUACAAGGUGGUGGGCACCUUCCUGUUUGGGGCAGCCGUGAGCCAGUCGCUGACAGACCUGGCCAAGUACAUGAUUGGCCGCCUGAGGCCCAACUUCCUGGCUGUCUGUGACCCCGACUGGAGCAAGGUGAACUGCUCCAUCUACAUUCAGCUGGAUGCCGUGUGCCGGGGGAAUCCCAGGAACGUCACAGAAUCCAGGUUAUCCUUCUAUUCUGGCCACUCUUCCUUCGGCAUGUACUGCAUGGUGUUCCUAGCGUUGUAUGUCCAGGCCCGGCUGUGCAGUAAGUGGGCCCGGUUGCUGCGGCCCACGAUCCAGUUCUUCCUGUUCGCCUUUGCUGUCUUCGUGGGCUACACGCGUGUGGCUGAUUACAAGCACCACUGGAGCGAUGUGCUGGUGGGCUUGCUGCAAGGGGCCCUCAUCGCUGUCCUCAUUGUCCGCUACGUCUCUGACUUCUUCAAGGCCCGGCCCCCUCUACAGAGUGCCAACGAGGACCUGGAGCGGAAACCCAGCCUUGCGCUGACCCUGAAUGAGACAGAUCGCAAUCACUUCAACUACCGAGGGACCUCCUGAACUGGGGAGCCUGUGCCCCUCUGCCCCUCCCCAACACCCCACCCUCCCUUCAGACUGCAUCCUCACCCUAAAUCUCAGACUGUGGAGUUGCUGUUUCCUCUUUGCCCUCCAUCCUGUUCAUCCCGUUCUCCUUCCCCCACCUCCUUGUUUCUCCCCACCCCUCCAGACUUCUGGUAGGGGGGAGUAGAGACUUUCCUCCUGCUGGGGAAGUCUGGGCUGGUGAGGGAAAGAGGUGGGUGGAAAAUUGGGGCAAUUGGGAGGAUGCUAGGAGAGGGUCUGCUGACGUGGGGCCUGCCUGGGCUGGGAGGGUCAACCCAACCAACCUAACCUUCAUCACACUUCUGGGGCCAGGGUUUGGUGGGCCACCCUGCAGAGCUCUUGCCCACAACAUAGUUGGGGGAGGCUCUCUUUUCCCUCAGAGCAAACCCCAAGAACACAAGGCUUUCCUCUGUGAUACCCCCGUCCCCACCAUCCUUUGCUGUUUCCCACUGCUCCUCCUGCUCAGGGGCCCAGGGACCAAGGCCCAGGCUGGAGACUUCCACAAAGUUCCCUCCCUGUGGGGACAUCCCCUGUUCUGGAGUUGAUCUCUUCAAGGCUGGGAUGCCCUCUAACUCAUCUACCCCACCCCUGAGCCCUGGACAUCACCCCACAGCCCACACCCCAGCUUUCUGGACACUGCCCUGAGUUUUGUAUCUAUACUUUUUUGUAAUGUAUUAUAUGUGUGUUUUUUUAAUUAGAUCAACUGU